CAGUUUUGACCCGGAAGCGACAUCAACAAGUCCUUCCUGCAACAAGACCGGCGUUAUGGCAGCGGACACGCAGGUUUCGGAUACCCUUAAGAAAUUUGCUGUAAAAGUGACUACAGCCAGCGUCAAGGAGCGCAAGCAGAUAUACGGCGAUCUGAAACAGUGCCUGACGGGUAAAGAGUUACCAGAGCCUGCUGUCAAAGGACUGUGCAAGCUCUUCUGCCUCACACCACACAGAUAUCGAGAUGCUGCGUCGCGCAGAGAGCUGCUGUCCGUCAUCGGCCUGCUGGCCGAGAGUCAGCCUGACGUCCUGGUGGCCGGGCUCCUCCAGGGCCUCCUCAACUGCGGAGUCAUCAGCAAAAAUGGGGAGCCAAGUAAAAGCAGCGGCUCUGCUGCCUUCAUCGGCCUGUCCUGGACCUGCCUGUUAAUCCCUAAAGUGUUUUCAGCUCCCGAGAAAAGAGAAGGACCCGUGUGGAAGAAAAUGGUGGAGGUUCAGAGCCUGCUGGUGGCUGAGGUGGUCGGCGGAGCCAAAACCACAGCGAAGAAAUCGAGCCUCAAGAGUCUUUACCACCUCUGGGGAGAAAAACCUGGACUGGUUGAGCACUACAUCAGAACCCUGCUGACCCUGGAGCAGAGCCCCACAGUGCUGCCCCUGCUGGGCGUGUGCCUGGACUUCUGCACCACUCAGAAGGACAAAGCUACAAUAGAGAAACACAAGAGCGCGCUGUUGGACCUCUAUGUAAAAUUGGUCCUGAUGAGCAAAACCAAACCGCAGCAACACGUUCUUGACAAGAGCGGCUCCUUGUUGCGCCACGUCACCCACUCCGAGUUCAAGGAGCAGCUGCUGCCUGCCCUGCAGAAGACCAUGCUGCGCAGUCCAGAGAACGCCAUGCAGACCGUUUCCUGCCUGCUAUCUGCUGUUACUCUAGAUCUGAGUCAGUAUGCCAUGGAUAUUGGAAAGGCCAUAGCAAGCCAGCUGAAGGCGAACAACGCCCAGCUGAUGGAGGAAGCUGUGAAGGCCAUGCAGAACCUGGCACAGCAGUGCAGCGACGCCACCGCAGUGCAGGACAUCGUCACUCACCUUUUCAAGAUCCUUGGAGGGUCUGAAGGAAAGCUCACCGUCGUUGCCCAGAAAAUGAGCGUGUUGUCAGGGAUCUCCAGCUGCAGCCACCACGCCGCGUCAGGAACCUCCAGCCAGACUCUGAGCUCCGCUGUCACUGUGAUGUUUAUCCCGUACCUACAACAGGAAGUUCAUGAAGGCACCCUGGUGCACGCCGUGUCUGUGCUGUCUCAGUGGAGCAGCCGCCUCACCGUGGAGGUUCCCUCCGCUCUGCUGGACUGGUUUAAGAAAGCGUUCACCCUGAAGACCUCCACCUCCGCCGUCCGCCACGCCUACCUCCAGACCAUGCUGGGGGCCUUUAAAGGUGACACUUUGGCCCAGUCCUCAGACCUCUCCCCCCUCCUCCUCCAAGCGGUGGAGAAAGCAGUGGCGCAGAACUCCCAGCAUGCCCUGCUCGCGGAGGGCGUGGCGGCUUCGGUUCUGUUGAGUCGACUCGCUCUGCUCGAGACGCAAGCAGAGGCCAAAUUCAGCAGCUUCUGGAGCCUGGUCUUAGAUGAGAAGAAACCGUUAUUCACCACAGAGAAGUUCCUCUCUCAGAGCAGCGAAGAGACUCUGCUCACAGUGCUGCAGCUCUGUGAGAGGCUGUUUCUGGACCACGCCCACCGGCUCAACACCAGCAAAUCACAGAUGUAUCAUCACGCCACAGUUGCGGUGCUGCUGUCUCGGAGCUGGCGUGUGAGGAAGAGGGCGCAGCAGACCGUCAGGAAGCUGCUCUCCUCUCUGGGUGGGUCCAGUCUGGCCCACGGCAUUCUGGGAGAACUGCGGGUCGUCAUCAACAAACACAAAGUUCUGCCCCAGGACGUUCUGGUGUCAGAGUCAGGAGAGCCGACGGAGCUGGGCCGCAGCUACACCCCCCCUCGGGUCUUGCUGGAUGCUUUGUGUGUGGUUUGCUCCGCCGCCAGCCAAUGGGGAGACCCGACUGAAGCCGAGAACAUGGCCAUGGAGACCCUCAUCGUUACUCAUCAUCCUUCCAUAGUCAGCGCCCGGCCCGGCUUGUGGCCCGUUCUGCUCUCCUCCAUGAAGAUAAAAGCUGAAGAGCUGAUUGAAAAGAACCUGGAGGCUAUCCUGCCGCAGCUGCUGCAGGUCAAUGCUGACAGCCAGACGGUGAAAAACGCGGUCGGCGCCCUGAGCUUCCUCUCUCCAAACAAGCUGUUGCCGCGGGUGAUGAGUCAUGUCGUGGAAGGUCUCGCCCAGCCCAGUCUUCUGCACGUCACCAGGGAGGAGUACGCCAUCAUGCACACCCCUGAGGGAGAGUUGUACGACAACAGCAUCAUCCAGAGCGCCCAGAAGGAAAACACCAAGAAGGUGAACAUAAAGAGAGAAAACAAAGCCUACUCCUACAAGGAACAGAUCAUCGAGCUGGAGUUACAGGAGGAAAUGAAGAAGAAAAAAGGCAUCAAAGAUGAAGUUCAGCUGACCAGCAAGCAGAAGGAAAUGAUUCAGGUCCAGCUGGAGAAAGAGUCAGCUGUUCGCAAGAAACUCAAAGGGAUGGACGUGGAGCUGCAGAGUGUGGUGGGCCUGCUUGAGGCCACUCUGAGGGCCGGACCGCCUCAGAUCACCAGGGAGCUCCCCGCCGUCCUCCAGGUCCUAAUGCCCCUCCUCCAGUCCCCGCUCGCCGCUCCACGCAUCCAGCAGAUCUUCCUGGACAUCGGCGUCAGCCUCAUGCCCAAACACCUCCACCACCUGGCUGUUCUUGUGGGUCACGUGACUCUACGGCUGCUGAAGCCAGAAUGCGAUCUGGACCAGGAGUGGGACGAGGAGGACCUGGACACAGCGGCCCAGCGCACCGUGCUGCUGUUGUAUGACCACACCGUCCCACAGAGAGAUGGCAAGGCUGCAGCUCCCCUGGCUGCACCUCCCUUCUCCUUCUGCUUCCCGCUGCUCAACGCCAUGCUCAGGGAGUCUUCAGGCAGCACCGAGGAGACGGAGGGCAUGAUGACCAGAGCGCUGCAGGUCGUCAACGUCCACGCCCAGCUCCGGGCCGCCACAGAGAGCGAUGACAUCACAAUAGACGAGAACGGUCCUGAACUCCUUCCACGUGUGAACAUGCUGCUGCUGCUGACCAGGGUCAUUUCCACAGCUACCCCAAGACUCCAGGUGUUGGCGUCUCAGUGCCUCACAGCGCUGUGUGCGAGUUCAGGAGGAGGGGACGGCUGCACGGUGGCUGAGCAACCAGAGAUCGACGUCCUGCUGAACGCCCUGCUUUCACCCUGCUUCUCUGUCCGAGAUGCUGCUCUCAGGGGGUUGUUGGAGAUGGAGUUUGCGCUGCCGACAGACAGCACAGAGAGCAGCGGGAUGAGUUUGCUGCGCAGGCUUUGGGUUGCCAGGUUUGACAUUGAAGAGGAAGGACAAGCCUUGGCUGAAAAGCUUUGGGAGUCUCUGGGGUUGGAGCUGGUCCCUGAGCUCUGCCCCCUUCUGAUCGGAGACAUCACCCACCACGAGGAGGCCAUCCGUAGCGCAGCAGCCGAGGCUCUGUCCAGUGCCGUAUCCCAAUACAGAGACCAGUCUGCCGCCGUGCUUGGCCAGCUCACAGAGCUCUACCAUCAGAAACUUUACAGGCCGCCUCCGAUCCUGGAUGCUCUGGGGAGAGUGAUCUCUGAAUCUCCACCUGACCAAUGGGAGGCCAGAUGCGGGAUUGCUCUGACUCUGAACAAGCUGUCCCAGUACCUGGACGAGUCUCAGGUCACGCCCCUCUUCCUUUUCUUCGUCCCCGACGCCCUGAACGACCGCCACACCGAGGUGCGGCGCUGCAUGCUGGACGCCGCCCUCUCAGCUCUGAACACGCACGGAAAGGAUAACGUGAGCUCUCUGCUGCCGGUGUUCGAGGAGUUUCUGAAGGACGCCCCACAGGACGCCAGCUACGACUCCGUCCGGCAGAGCGUCGUCAUCCUCAUGGGAUCUCUGGCCAAACAUUUGGACAAAAACGACCCCAAGGUCAAACCCAUUGUGGCCAAGCUUAUAACUGCUCUGUCCACACCGUCACAGCAGGUCCAGGAGUCGGUGGCCGGCUGCUUGCCUCCUCUAGUCCCUGCGAUCAAAGACGACACAACAGGAAUCGUACAAAACCUGCUGCAGCUGCUGCUGGAGAGCGACAAAUACGCAGAGAGGAAAGGAGCAGCGUACGGACUGGCUGGACUGGUCAAAGGUCUGGGCAUCCUGGCGCUCAAACAGCAGGAGAUCAUGACCACGCUAACCGACGCCAUCCAGGACAAGAAGAACUUCAGACGGAGGGAAGGAGCCCUGUUUGCCUUUGAGAUGUUGUGCAACAUGCUGGGGAAGCUGUUUGAGCCGUACGUGGUCCAUGUGCUGCCGCACCUCCUGCUCUGCUUUGGAGAUGGAAACCAGUAUGUCAGGGAGGCUGCAGACGACUGCGCCAAGGCUGUGAUGAGGAACCUGAGCGCCCAUGGCGUGAAGCUGGUCCUCCCCUCUCUGCUGGUGGCCUUGGAGGAAGAGUCAUGGAGGACGAAAGCAGGCUCGGUGGAAUUGUUGGGUGCCAUGGCCUACUGUGCGCCCAAGCAGCUCUCCUCCUGCCUGCCCAGCAUCGUGCCUAAGCUGACGGAGGUGCUGACUGACUCCCACGUCAAGGUGCAGAAGGCGGGCCAGCAGGCCCUCCGACAGAUCGGCUCGGUCAUUCGCAACCCAGAAAUCUUGGCUAUUACUCCCAUCCUGUUGGACGCCCUCACUGACCCGUCCAGGAAGACCCAGACAUGCCUGCAGACAUUGCUGGACACCAAGUUUGUGCACUUCAUCGACGCCCCCUCCUUGGCUCUCAUCAUGCCCAUCGUCCAGAGAGCCUUUCAGGAUCGCUCCACCGACACUCGCAAGAUGGCCGCCCAGAUCAUCGGCAACAUGUACUCUCUCACUGACCAGAAGGAUCUGUCGCCCUACCUGCCAAGUGUUAUUCCUGGACUUAAGGCGUCUCUGCUGGACCCAGUACCUGAGGUGCGUACCGUCUCGGCCAAGGCUCUGGGCGCCAUGGUGAAGGGGAUGGGAGAGUCCUGCUUCGACGACCUGCUGCCUUGGCUCAUGGAGACUUUGGCGUCCGAGCAGAGCUCUGUAGACCGCUCCGGAGCUGCACAAGGUCUGGCUGAGGUGAUGGCUGGACUCGGGGUAGAGAAGCUGGACAAGCUGAUGCCAGAUGUGGUGCAAACUGCCAGUAAGGUGGACAUCGCUUCUCACGUUAGAGACGGUUACAUCAUGAUGUUCAUCUACCUGCCCCUCACCUUCGGAGACAAGUUCACUCCCUAUGUGGGACCCAUCAUCCCCUGCAUUCUCAAGGCUCUGGCCGACGAGAACGAGUACGUGAGGGACACGGCUCUGCGAGCCGGCCAGCGAAUCAUCAGCAUGUACGCCGAGACCGCCAUCGCCCUGCUGCUUCCUGAGCUGGAACAAGGCCUGUUCGACGAUCUGUGGAGGAUCAGGUUCAGUUCAGUCCAGCUGCUGGGCGAUCUGCUGUUCCACAUUUCAGGAGUAACGGGAAAGAUGACCACGGAGACGGCCUCAGAGGACGACAACUUUGGCACGGCCGCAUCCAACAAAGCUAUCAUUUCUGCUUUGGGAGCUGAUCGACGGAACCGCGUGCUGUCGGGCCUGUACAUGGGCCGCUCCGACACCCAGCUGGUCGUCCGACAGGCUUCUCUCCACGUGUGGAAGAUCGUCGUCUCCAACACCCCCAGGACCCUGAGGGAGAUCCUCCCAACCCUGUUCUCCCUCCUGCUGGGCUUCCUGGCUUCCACCUGCCCUGACAAGAGAACGAUCGCCGCUCGGACGCUCGGGGACCUCGUGAGGAAGCUGGGGGAGAAAAUUCUCCCAGAGAUCAUUCCCAUCCUGGAGGACGGGCUGCGCUCAGACAAGAGCGCCGAGAGGCAGGGCGUCUGCAUCGGGCUCAGCGAGAUCAUGAAGUCCACCAGCAAGGAUGCGGUGCUCGUCUUCUCCGAGUCGCUGGUCCCCACUGUGAGGAAGGCUCUCUGCGACCCCCUAGAGGAGGUCAGAGAGGCUGCAGCCAAAACCUUCGAGCAGCUCCACGCAACCAUCGGCCACCAGGCGCUGGACGACAUCCUGCCUACGCUGCUGAAGCAGCUGGAUGAUGAAGAAACAGCUGAGUUUGCUUUGGAUGGACUGAAGCAAGUCAUGGCAGUGAAGAGCCGCUCUGUACUGCCCUAUUUGGUUCCAAAGCUGACCGCUCCUCCUGUGAACACCCGGGUUUUGGCCUUCCUCUCCGCUGUGGCAGGAGACGCUCUGACGCGUCACCUGGGCGUCAUUCUGCCCGCCCUCCUGUCUUCGCUUAAAGGGAAGCUUGGAACAGAGGAAGAAGCUCAGGAGCUGUGCAGCUGUCAGAGCGUGAUCCUGUCUGUGGAGGACGAGGCGGGUCAGAGGAUCAUCAUCGAAGACCUGCUGGAGGCCACGCGGGGCGCCGACCCCGGCCUGCGGCAGGCCGCCAUCACCAUCCUCAACGCUUACUUCGCUCGCACCCGCCUGGACUACAGCGCUCACAUCCGCACGCUGCUGUCAGGCCUCAUCCGCCUUCUGAACGACUCCAACCCAGAGGUCCUGUCACAGAGCUGGGACACCAUCAACUCCAUCACCAAGAAACUGGACGCCAGCAGUCAGCUGGCGCUGAUCGACGACCUGCAUCGUGACAUUAAAGCAGUCGCUGCUGAUGUGAAAGGUCAACACCUGCCCGGCUUCUGCCUCCCCAAGAAGGGUGUGACGUGUAUCCUGUCGGUCCUGAGGGAAGGCGUCCUCACCGGCAGCCCCGAGCAGAAAGAGGAGGCAGCGAAAGCUUUGGGUGGAGUUAUCAAGCUGACCUCUCCCGAAGCGCUGCGCCCGUCCGUAGUGAACAUCACAGGACCCCUCAUUCGCAUCCUGGGAGAUCGCUUCGCCUGGACGGUGAAGAGCGCUCUGCUGGAGACUCUCACCCUGCUGCUAGCAAAGGUGGGCAUCGCCCUGAAGCCCUUCCUACCGCAGCUGCAGACCACCUUCCUGAAGGCGCUGCAGGAUUCCAGCCGCGCGGUGAGGCUGAGGGCCGCCGAGGCUCUGGGUCAGCUGGUCUCCAUCCACACCAAGGUGGACCCGCUCUUCACCGAGCAGCUCUCGGCUAUCCGCAACGCCGAGGACUCCGGAGUCAGGGAAACCAUGCUCCAAGCGCUGAGGUUUGUCAUCCAGGGGGCCGGAUCAAAAGUGGACCCAGCCAUUCGCAAGAGCAUCACCACCACGCUGCUGGGCAUGCUGGGACACGACGAGGAUGCUACUCGAAUGGCCUCAGCAGGCUGCAUUGGUGAGCUGUGCGCCUUCCUGUCAGAAGAGGAGCUGAAGAGUGUGUUGCGUCAACACAUCUUAGCGGACGUGUCCGGCGUGGACUGGAUGGUGCGUCACGGCCGCAGCCUGGCCCUGGCCAUAGCGGUGAAGUCGGCUCCUGAGAAGCUGAGUGGGAAGGAUUACUGCGACACCGUGACCGAGAUGGUUUUGACCAACGCCACCGCUGACAGGAUCCCCAUCGCGACCAGUGGGAUCAGAGCCUUGGGCUUCCUGAUGAGGCAUCAUCUCAGGAUGGAGGGAGGCAGUGGCGUUUCACAGCGCAUCAUCACACAGUUGGUUAAGUGUCUUCAGAACCAGUCCAGUGACAUCAGGCUGGUGUCGGAGCGAGUGUUGUGGUGGGUGUUCAGAGAGCCAGCCACUCCCUCCAUGGAGCCCAGCCUGAUAAAGCCCCUGCUGAAGAGCCUGCUGGACAACACCAAGGACAAGAACACCACGGUCCGAGCCCAGAGCGAACACACCAUCGUCAACCUGCUGCGGCUCCGCCAAGGAGAGGAAAUCAUGCAGAGUAUUGCUGCCAUUCUGGACUCUGCGAGUAACGAACUGCUGUCAGAGUGUCACCGCCGCUCCCUGAAGAAAAUCGCCAGCCUGCCAGACUCCAACGAGGAGAUCGACGACACCAUCCUAACAUGAUGGAGCGGGACUUGAUGAUAAAAUGUCUGACUGACACAGUGAACAGAUCCUGAGUGUAUGAGAACCCCAGACACUCGACACACAUGCUCAGAUUGAACCAGCGUGGGAGGAAGAGGAGACGGGUGGAGUUGUGACCGAUCUCUCGACUUUCUUAAACCCCACCACCCCCAAAUAUAUAUAUUUUUUCUCUCACUUUACCCCGUUCUUUUAGCGGCUUUUCAGCCCAGUUUCUUACCUGUUUCUUUUAUCUUGUAGCAAGCAGAUUAUUAUGUACCAAACACGUUGGUAAGACGCAACGCCAAAUCUGUUUUGCUAUUCCAGUGUUCUGCUACUACUUUUACCAAACUGAUUUGAAGCAUUUCAGAUGUGAUUGUAAAGAAAGCCAACCUUGUCGUUAAUUUUAUUUGGACUUGGCAUGUGAGAGAUGUUUGGGGGGGGGAAGCAAUCGCUUCUGAGACAAAUCAUUCUUAUCAGUGAUACUGUUGUAAAAAGGCAAAACAGAAUAAAAACUGAUUUCAUAAUGUGAUAUCAAGAAGCUCA